UUUACAUCAGAGCAAGCAUGGCCGUCUCCGCGGUCUGCUGUUCCACGCGUCGGAUGUUUAAGGCUUUGCCUCGAGUCAGCGCGACCUGUGCGCCUUUCCGCGCCCUUGCGCACGGACCUUUCUCUGGCCUGGCGGUCACUGGGGGUCGUUGUUGUGUCGUUGUGGUCAACGCACAUCGCAGGAGGGGCGAAAGCGGAGUGACAUUGGGGGGGCUGGCAGGGCUAAGCAGCUCACGCGCCUUCCAUAGCAGUUCAGUGCGCCAUGGGGAGGAUUACUACAGCGUGCUGGGCGUUCCGCGCACCGCGACGCAGAAGGAGAUUAAGAAGGCCUAUUAUCAGAUGGCCAAGAAAUACCAUCCUGACACCAACCCAGAUGAUCCGCAGGCUAAAGAGAAGUUCGCCAAGCUGGCAGAAGCAUAUGAGGUUCUGAGUGACGAGGUGAAGAGGAAGCAGUACGAUACGUACGGUUCAGCGGGGCCGAGUGCCGGCGCGGCAGGGCAGCAGCAGUACUGGAGGGGCGGAGCCACUGUGGAUCCAGAGGAGCUCUUCAGGAAGAUCUUUGGAGAGUUUGCUGGAGGCCGAGGCUUUGGAGAUUUUACUUCCAUUUUUGACCAACCACCAGAGUAUGUGAUGGAGUUGACGUUCACUCAGGCAGCAAAGGGAGUGAACAAGGAGAUCACGGUGAACUUAGAGGACAGCUGUCCACGCUGCGACGGCAAAGGUCAUGAGCCUGGCACCAAGGUCACUCACUGCCACUACUGCAACGGCACUGGCAUGGAGUCGAUAAACACGGGCCCGUUUAUGAUGCGCUCCACCUGUCGUCGCUGUGGUGGACGGGGCUCCAUCAUGAUUACGCCAUGUGUGAUGUGCAGAGGAACAGGCCAAACCAAACAGAGGCACACAGUCACUGUUCCUGUUCCUGCAGGAGUGGAGGAUGGUCAGACAGUGAGGAUGCCAGUGGGAAAGAAGCAGAUUUAUGUCACAUUCAGAGUCCAGAAGAGUCCAGUGUUCCGGCGGGAUGGGCCAGAUAUCCACUCUGAUGUGAUGAUAUCAGUGGCUCAGGCUAUUCUGGGAGGAACGGUUCGAGCCCAGGGCCUCUAUGGAAGCAUAGACAUUCCGAUCCCUCCCGGAAUUCAGACAGACCAGAAGAUCCGGCUGGCAAGCAAAGGAAUCGCCCGCUUAAACAGCUACAGCUAUGGAGACCACUACGUUCACAUCAAAAUUAAAGUUCCUAAGAAGUUGAGUCGUAGGCAGCGGGAGCUGCUGCUUGGCUACGCUGAGGAGGAGACGGACGUGGAGGGGACGGUCACUGGAGUCAGCAGACCAGCAGCAGGGAGCUCUCAGCAUCAAGCUAAAGCCCCUGAAGAAGAGCAGAGGAAAGAAGAAGAGCAGCCAGCGAAAGAGGAGGGAGGAUUUUUCUCCAAGCUGAAGAAGAUGUUCUCCUGAUGGGAUCAGCAGGUGUUUGGGUGCUUCCUGACCUUUGACAUCUCCUCAUUAUCUGCUGUGGAGAACAUCUGACUUAAGGGGAGAGUCUUGCAAGCCUUUAAUGACUCUUGAUGCUCUUCUCCCAACUCGGCUGUUGGAGAAGGAAACCAGAGAGGGAGAAGAACGGCAACCGACAGAAUCCCAGAGAGGUCCUACUGUUGUCCAUCGUGCCAUGGAGCUCAAAGCUGUCCAGCCAAGAACUCUACAGGGACAGACGGCAGGAGAUCAGGAGAUUCUGCGACCAGCUGUUUUGUGUCUAAUGAAGGACUGGAGUUAUGGAGUUGUGCUGCAGAUGAGUCAUUACAUACUGUGCUGAGGUCUACCCAUUUACACGUUUAACUAAUCUGUCGCAUCCCUGAUGGAUAUUUGAGAGUGAUACGGCCCAGACUCGGUCACCAUUAAACCGACCAGGUCGAAGGCUGUGUCAUAAUGUUCAUGUAAUUUAUUUCUUUAGUAAAGUGAUGUAUUCGGUCAGUUCA